AUGCACAAGGUGAGGGACUCGCAGCGUUUCCGGAGGGGGCAGACAUCGCCGCCCAUCCUCGCGGGGGCCAACCUCUCCGCCACGAACUCUGCCCUCACCACAAGUUUAUUUAAACUAACGCUCACCGGUGUAGACCAAAAAACAUUGUACAGGGUUAAUUUAUUGAAUAACUAUAAACAAAACUACAGGACUCAGGACUCGCAAUAUUAUCCUAAAAUGGUUGACGAUUUAAGGAAAUAUCUCAAUCAUUUAUUAGAAAAGGUGAAUGGUCUUCAUUGCAUUUUAAUUACGGAUCGAGACGGUGUACCAGUGGUGCGUGCGGUAACGGAAAGAGCACCGCAAUUGGCUCUUAGACCUAACUUUAUAUCUACAUUUGGCAUGGCUACAGAUCAAGCAAGUAAACUAGGUCUAGGUAGAAAUAAAACGAUAAUUUCCAUGUAUUCCAGUUAUCAGGUAAUUCAGAUGAAUAAACUUCCCCUGAUUAUCACAUUCAUUGGUAGUGACAACUGCAACACUGGCCACAUAUUGUCUCUGGAGAGUCAAAUAGAGCCAUUUUUAAAAGACUUGGCAGCUGUGGUUGCAGACGCCCCU